GGGACGAACCGUAUGGUCCACGGCUGCUGCUCGAACCACCGAGCGUAGUGCGUUUCUCGAGCGAGACUGGCAGUGUCCUGCAGUGCACCGCCGAUGGACGGCCGGUGCCUACCGUCUCGUGGGAAAUGGCCGACGGCAGCCCGGCGCAUGCUGUUCCGGGCAUUCGGGAGUUCCGCUCGGACGGAUCGCUGGUGCUGCGCCCGUACGGAAGUUCGCAGUUCCUGGCAGAAGUGCACUCGGCGGCGUACCGCUGCGUGGCUACCAACAACCAAGGGCGCGUCAAGGGCCGCUUGGUGCACGUACGUGGCGUGGUACCGGAGAGCUUCGUAGUCUCCGUACCAGAUGUCUACGCCAUCCGAGGAAACGCUGCCGUGCUACGUUGCCACUUCCCGACGUCGGUUAGAGAUUACGUCACAGUGACGUCGUGGAUCCGCAGUGAUGGCCUCACAGUAGCCAACGUUGCCACCCUGGGGCCACAGGGUGGUUCUGAAAGCAAGUACGUGAUGCUGCCGACGGGUGAGCUGAUUAUGCGCGAGGUGACUGCAUCUGAAGCAUUUCACAGCUACCGGUGUCAAGUGCUCGAUGCCCUCACUGGUCACAGCCACCUCAGCAGCGCCGCAGGAAAGGUGAUUGUCACAGAGCCACUGGGCAAGCUUGCACCGCGCAUGAUGGAGUCCCGUAGAUCGACGCAAGCGGAACAAGGCAAGCAGGCGGUGCUGCCAUGUGUUGCCCAGGGUCAUCCGUCUCCUCGGUAUUCCUGGUUUCGCCUGACGGGUGAUCAUAAGAGCACUGCGGCACAGAGUCACGACGGCGAAGUCCUGAUGCCCGUGAAGGCCUCCGAGAAAGUGUACCUGUUGUCGGGAGGUGCCGUGCUGACAAUUCACGCAGCAAUACCAGAAGACGAGGGAAGAUACGUCUGUGUGGUCAACAACUCUGCCGGACAGGAUAAGGCCUAUACAGACCUUAUCGUGAUUGCCCCACUGUCGGCAACCAUCGAUCCUCCUCUGCAGCUAGUGGACGCAGGCCGGAGUGCCAACUUAAGUUGCAAGGUGUCUGGGCGUCCUGUGGAUGGAGUUGUGUGGACCCACGAUGGCGUGCCACUCUUUGCUUCUUCCUCGUCAUCCGGCAGCACUGGAACCGGAAGUGGCAAGAUUACUUCCGUUUCCGGACCCGCAAAUGUGGUUCUUCUGUCGCGUGACGUUCUGCGCGUCGCACCAGUGGAGCGCAGGGACAGUGGAAUGUACCAGUGCCUGGUCUACAACCGGCAGGACUCAGCUCAGGGAACUGCGCAAAUCAUCGUCACAGAGGAUGCGCCAGUGCUAGAACACGCCUUUCCCGAGGUCCAGGUUACAGCCGGUAGUAGUGCGUCACUCAAGUGCUCCGCUUCGGGAAAUCCCCUGCCCCAAGUGACGUGGACCCUCGACGGAGAAGUGGUUCCCGAACAUUACCAUGUCCGAAUUGGAGACUACGUCAGCAGCGAACGCCUCGUACACAGCUACGUGAACUUGACCAGCGUGCGCGUAGAGGACGGCGGGCUCUACUCGUGCGUGGCGCGCAACAGCGCGGGCCAGGCAUCGCAUUCGGCACGCCUCGUCGUGCCGGGAAAGCCCGUGGCACGGAGACCCACAGCGAACGUCACGGCGCUGGCAGGCCAUACAGUACGCCUGUACUGUCCCGUGGCAGGAUACCCCAUCCAGAGCAUCGCUUGGCAGAAAGAUGGCCGCUGGCUUCCGCAGAACCAUCGGCAACGCAGCUUUCCCAACGGCACCUUGGUGGUGACGCAAGUGCAACGUAGCCAGGACACCGGCUGGUACGAAUGUACGGCUCGCGACACGCAAGGGAACACAGCACGGGGGCAACUUCUCUUGCGUGUCAUGACUCCACCGGUGGUGAGCCCUUUCAACUUCCCGGAUGACCUGACCGAAGGCAAGCGAGCUGGCGCAGCCUGCAUCACGAGAAGGCGUUGGGUGCCACCGCGUCCCGAACCAACUGAUUACACGUCCUUCUUGUCUAUCGUCGCCGUCCGCCAGGAGCUCCACCGAGGCCUGUACACCUGCGUGGCGUCAAACCCGGCAGCUUCGGCCAACUACACGGCACCUAUGCUUGUCCGCGUUGGCCCACGGUGGCGGCAUGAACCUGAAGACAAAGCCGCCAUACUGGGUCAGCCUCUCAUAUUUGACUGCCAGCGCACGGCUUCCCAAUCCCAGUUAUUCGAUGGAAGAAAGAACGCUUGUCCGAGGACGGCAGCCGCCAGUUCUCCACCAUUACAAGCAGCUCGCGCUCCCGUGUGCUGGAGAACGGCUCGCUGGUCAUCAACGAAGUUCGAGCGUUCGGACGCCGGUCGAUACCUGUGUCAGAUACAGAACGGCGUCGGUUCCGGCAUCUCGACCGUGGUCAAGCUUGAAGUACACGAGGCGGCUCACUUCGAGAGGCGUUUCCAUGCCGUUACGGCACGGCGUGGUGAUCCGGUGAGCCUCACCUGCAAGGCUCAGGGUGAGUCACCAAUUAAGCUCACCUGGACACGUGACGGCCACCAUUUCAGUCCUGCUCAGGAGUCGAGAUAUUUGUUCCAAGAAAGCUCAGGCGACGGGUGGUCGGAGUCCGUGCUGCGCAUCACAAACUCGGACCGUCGAGAUUCGGCUGCUCUCACCUGCCACGCUGAGAACCCUUACGGCGGUGACGACACCAUCUUCCAGCUCAUUGUUCAGGAGCCUCCUGGAAAGCCUCAGGAUCUGCAAGCAAUGCAGACGACGAGUCGCACCGUCACACUUACCUGGUUGGCGCCGUACUCUGGAAACAGCCCAGUGUUGAAAUACCUGCUGGAGCACAAGUCUUCAACCGGUUCCUGGGAGUACGACACGGAGCUAUCACAUGAAGACGCCAGCAAGCCCUCGUACCUGGUGACUGGCUUGCGGCCAGCAACCAGGUACGAGUUCAGGAUCCGCGCUGGAAACGCGCUCGGACUGAGUGAUCACAGUGACCCUCUGGUUGUGGCCACGGACCAAGAAGCCCCAAGCGGCACCCCUCGGGAGAUCCAAGUGACGCCGACUGGUUCUCGGAGUCUACACGUCACGUGGAAGUGCAAGCUCACACAGGAACGGCCAUGCGACGUGUACGACGGACGAACCUCGGAUCGGCCCUGCGGUCAACGUCCAUUGAAAAGCUGCGCCGGUGCGCGAGUGAGAGUGACUGCCGCUAUCGCACUCACUUGCACGCUGGUGCUGUUCUUACUACCGCGACGCGGUGCUUUCAAGACAGCGCUGGAAUCCGUGAAUUAUGAAGAUAUCCGCGUCAAUGUGCUCGCCCUCCGUGACCGCACCGCGAGGAAGGAAAACUACGACACCACGCACAGUGUUGAAGAAACUACAACACUGGCUGUGAACAGGCGCUUCAUUGUGAACACAGCCCAAUGCAAGAUCCCAAAAUUAGAUCCCCUCGACCAGUCCAUAGCCGCCUUUGUGAGCAAGUCGCCACCCGUGGACUGUUCUUCGGAUUUUCCGAAUAUCACCUUUGUAAAGGAACCACCGGAGGAAAACACGAAUGGUCCUGUGCAAGGUUACUACGUGGGCUAUCGUGUUCGGGGUAGCGGCCUGCCGUAUUCGUAUAAGACACUGCAAAACAGUGCUCAGUCGUCUCCUGGCGAGCAGCAGCAUCAAGAGUGUCACCUGCGUGAACUGCGACCCCGCACCCGCUACAGCAUCGUCGUGCAAGCCUUCAACGCCAAAGGUGCCGGACCGGCAUCAGAAGAGGUGGCCGCGCAAACGCUAGACUUUGAUCGACCUGGUGCUCCUCGGCUAAAGUUAGUUUCAUCAACCUCAUCUUCUAUAAACCUCAGCUGGGAUGUGUCAAACGACCAGCCUGUCGACGGCUACCUCCUCUUCAACAAGGCCGAACCGAGUCCAGAACGACGAACCCCCGUUUCUGAGAAAGCGCCGACGUCAUCGGAUUGGUCUUCCGUACAGACAGAUGCCGAACGAUCGACGCACGCCUUCCGUGGUUUGGGCUGCGGUCGCAGCUACGCAUUCUACGUGGUGGCCUUCAAUGGCGCUGGCCGAGGAGCCCGAAGCAACGUCGUCUUGGCUAAGACGGAUGGUUCAGUUCCCGUGGCACCAGACAUGCGGGAGUUCGUGGCCGCCAACGUAACCUGGGUGACCCUUCGGCUGAGCACCUGGAGAAGCGGAGGCUGUCCAAUUUCAUCCUUCACUGUCCUCUACAAACGGCAAUCGUCACCAGAUGACUGGACACCGGCCGCCACGAGGCAUGCUUCGGAGCUUGCGUUGGCGCACGACACCCAUGUGACAAUUGAUGACUUGGCGCCGGCGACUUGGUACCAGCUGCUCGUCACGGCGGACAACGAAGCUGGCUCCACGGAGGCCGAAUACGUCUUCGCCACACUUACACUCGCCGGUGGCACCGUGCCGCCACCUCACUGGAUACAAGUGAUCGAGUCCCAAAGACGCAGAAUUCAUGUUAUCGUGCCUCUCGUGUGUUUCCUAGUAGUCACUCUGCUGGUAACAGUGGUUGUGGGCUGCACAGUCUCGCGAAGAAGACUUGCAGCACUUCAGCGACGACGUCUGCUGUGGCGCCCGGGAGAAGCUGGUCAGGCUUCAAGAACGACUACAAAGUCAAUUGACACGGUGCCCAUGACGGUGUGGGAGAAAGCAGGACUAGAACCGGCGACCACGGGACCUCCUACGGAGAAAGUCUACUGGCCGUCGCCACUGCGUUCCCAACCGACGUCGUACAACGUGCCAGCGGAUGGCGAUGGCGGGCGCUGCAAAACGUGGGCGCACAGCCUGGCCACCAUCCACGAAGAUUACAAAGUGGAAGCGGAAGCGAGCGGUGGGAAGAAGCAGGAUCACAUGUACGCCGUGCCUUUCGCACCGACUAACACAGUGCAAAAGCUUGAAGAGCGCGAUGACCUUCUUGCUUCUGCUGAAAGACUAGCAAGUUGCAUGUCGCCGAGGCAAGAUUUGUCACGGACGACAGCGAGCCUCGAAACAAGCAAGGAGAGCGCCGAGACGGAGAGCAGCUAGCCUUGCAUCACGGGAGGUUCGCUAUGUGUGAGUCGUUUCCAGCUUUUACUGCGGCAUCAACAGAACGAAAGAACGGUUAAUCUACUUUAGGAGCGCUUACCAAGACGGAGUGCCUUACAGAGAAUCCCCACCAACAGAACAGGAGCAGAAAGUGUGCAGUGGCGAAAAGUGGUGCCACUUCAAUUCGGACGCUACAUCGGUGGCUCGCCAUAAACUUCUGUAAUGUGAUGAACGACUACCUCAAAAAAGAGAAAAAAAAGAUCCAAGUUUGACCUCAGCACCAAAUUUCUGAUUGAUUCAACGGCAUAAAGUUGCGGGAGCGCAGAGAAGAACGCUCGCAUGGCGCAUCGUGAGAGACCUGCACGCCCUGAGUUGCAGUCUCCUUCCAUGUGAUUCUGAGAGCAAAACAUGAAGUGUCUUUUAUUUUCCCGCACUGAUGAUUCUGCUUUUCUUUACUGAUAAGCUACCCGCAACCUUCCGUACCCUUCGCAGCCUGCCUCCAGCAAAGUUGUGUCGCGCCUCUGUGCAUCUCUCAAGACUUUCAUGGCAUGGCAAGAGGAAAGAACCACAUGGACUCUUCUGCAGCCACUUGGAACUAUGAUUAGAGGAUUAGAGACUAUACCGUCUAGUGCCUUUGGACAAGCUGGUCUUCGACAACGUGCACUUCACGCGCAGCACAUCAAGUUCUUUUGUGAAUGAACCGAUGCAGUGCACUGAUCGUGCCGUAACUAAGUGAUACCGCUUUGACAAAACUGCUGGGUUGGCCCGCACGAAGCACCGUGACUUGUUGCUACAGAACUACAUCGGGCCCAGCUUGAAGACGACGGUAACCGUUAUUCUACCGCGAGCAUGUGUCUAUCGAUGAACUUCAAACAGUGACUUUUCUUUUUGUAUGCGCAAGUUACGCGCCGCCGUAGAUUAGAUGAAAGAUUGGAGAAAGUUCUCAUUUCGGCAGCCACUUGGGAAUCCACAAUGACAGAGCUAUGUGCUCCAAAAACCAUCAGCUAUAUAACAUCAAUGAUGGAGCACUUUAGCGGACGUUUCGAUCUUCCGCAGUGAAUGCAGUGAUGGUAAAAGUAAGUGUGUUCUUGUGCAAAAUUGCAGUCAUAUUUAAACUAUGAUGGGCCAGUUACUAUUUCUCCGCCUGAGUUAACCCUGUCCUAUAGGACAGGGUUAACUCUGGCGGAGAGAAAUUAUCUUGUUGCUUAGCUACAAGCAUUUGUCUUUUAGAUGACUAUGAGCGCGUUUUAACGAUCAGUGUGUAUAUCCGAGAUUGAGAACAUUAAGGUAUACAACACUGGUAACGUCUACAAAACUAAAAUUCUUAGAUCUUAUUACGCUCACGAAUUUGAAGUAGUGUGAUGUUCAAUCUUUGCGAGCAUACUUUGUAAGCGUCAUUGGCACGCAAAAAAAGACGUAAGAGUUCAGUCCAAAAAGAUACACGUGCCGGAAUGAAUAAUAAUAUGUGGUUCCUAUGUACAUGCAUUGUGCUCUGACGCUAGCGCAUACAGAUAUGCGUUGUUUUAAACAACUACAUGGUUUAUUAAAAGACAGCCCUGCGGAACAAGGGCGGCAGCUUUUCUGGAACGGACGUGAAUGACGCCUCACAUGAAGUUUCGUUAGAAACAACCAAAAUCGGCACUACAACCGGAAUCCAUGCGAAUUUCGCCGAUAAUAAAAAAGCAA